AUGUCCAAUUUGAAAAAAACAGCCAAGACCUCUAAAUUUGUAUCAGGUGAAAUUAAAGAUUUUAUAAAUGAAUCUCAAUUCAUUAAGGAAUCUCCUAAAUCUAAGAAAAUGCAAAAACGACAGAAGAAUGAUACCAGUGAAGAAGAGGACAUUGCAAAAUUGAUUGGACAUUACCAGACCACUGUCAAAAAAAGGAAGGCAGAUACAAAUCUUGAAACUUGCAAAGAAUCACGCCAAAAAUUAUUAGAUGUGAUGGGCCACCAAUUAGAAGCAAGAAAACAAGGCAAUGAAGGCUUACUGCACUCUUUGUCAGAAAUUUUAACUCAACUGGAAGCUGAUUACAAUGCUAUGAAAGAAAAUGAACAAAAAUUGGAACAUCUUACUGCAGCUCUAAUAAAAUGUAUACAACAGUCGACAAUUGCUCACAAGCAAAAAUUGAAAGCUUUGAAGGAAAUUCAUACAUCAUUCAAAAAAGAGUGUGAGGAAAUGGAAAAUGAUCAUAGGGCUGAAACCGAUAAAUUGGCUGAUGAACUCGAGGAGGAUAUCAAGAAAUUACAACAGAAGUUGAUAUCUGAAACAAAACGCAGUGGCUGGGAAACAUUGCGUCGAACUAUAUUUCAAGCAAUGCAGAAUGACUUUUAA